AUGGAUAAGAUUGAGGGUGUUCCGCUGUCCCAAGUCCGGAAUCCCUUGAAGCUACCCCAGAAGCUUCAAGUUCUUCUUGCCAUGAUGCGUCUCCAGAAGCAAUGGCUUAGCGUCUCAUUCUCGCAUCAUGGCAGCUUGGACUACACAGGAGAUGUGCAGCAAUUAGCAGACAUUGACUACGUCAAGGAUGGCAAAGCCAUCAGAGAUUCGGUUCGUGGUAUCUAA